AUGCAGAUAAUCAACAGAAUCGUGCGAUUCUUCCAGAUGGUAUUCAGUGGCGUCGUUUUGGGGCUUUCUAUCAACUUAGCGAGGAACCAAUACUAUGGCAAAGUUCCAUCCCAAACUAGCUAUGCCGCCUUUACUGGAGCCCUCGGAAUCAUUGCAGGUAUAAUCGGAUUUGUCGCCCUCAUAUUCAGCGGGCUCGGUGAAAUGGUCUCCAUCGUCGUCGAUGGCGUAACAAGUGCUGCUCUGUUGAUUGGCGGAAUCGUUUACGCCGUGGCACUUCGUGGUACCAACUGCAAUGACACAUCCACCGAUGGAAACACUUGGGACAACCCUUUGAUUAGUGGUGGCUGCUAUACCGAUGAUGACGGCAAACAUUGUUUCGACAAAUAUGUUGUACACAGUCGCUGUGUUCGUGCCCAAACCGACUGUGCAUUUAUGUUCAUUACAUGUCUUGUCUGCCUUGGUGCAAUUGCCACCUCCAUUAUUGCCCGUCGUCGCUAG